AUGAAUGUCGGAUUCACUGUAUUUACAGGUGAUGAUAUGUCGGCUAAACAUAAACCAACAACAUUUGCAUUACCUGUUCGUAUGCCGCGUCUUAAAUGCUCUUGUCGUGAAGCAAAUGAAAUCACACAUAUAUGUGCUGGAUGCUACGAGCUUUUUUGUCUUAAAUGCUACAAGGAACAUCGGCAGCAAGUACUAGCAACACUUGACUACAAUGCUGAUGUAAAUGACACUGUUUUUCAAGCUAUCUAUGCUACAAGUAAUCAACACGAUAUAGUUCUUCGUUUUAAUCCUAUAGAACUACGCCAGCAUAUCUACGCCUUCCGUGAUAACAUGACAUCAGCAGCGAAUGACUCAACUCGACAAGCUUUACGAUCCCUACGAAAGCUGAUGGAUGAACGCAACGACAAAUUGAUCGAAUGUAUAGGGCCAAUCAAAGAUGUACGUACACAAAAAGAAGCAAAAAGCUAUGUGGAACAAAAUUGGCAACGUAUCAUAGCUGAGCUUCGAGCAGAAAACGAUCGAAUAGAACACGCAUCAAAUACAUCGGUGCGCGUCAGUAUCCACUGUGCACCCGCUACUUCGUGGGAUCGUUUGAUUGAAUUAGAAAGGGUUAAACUGAACGUGCCUGAAGGAACUUUCUUUGGAAUCGGAAAUCCUUUACUGGACUUAAGUAUAAAAGUUGAUGAGAGAUUUUUGAAAAAGCACAAUUUGAAAGAGGGACAAAUAUUAUUGGCUGGACCCGAACACAAACAAUUGUAA